AUGAAGUUCCUAGGAUGGAUGCACCGGAAAUUACGAGACAAUACCAUUGAACCGCUCAAGGAUUUGUCAAUCGGAAGCUACUGUACCUGCCUCUCCGCACAACAGCUGCAGGAAGAACAAGACUCUCAUAUCAAGCCAGACCUUGGUUCUCGAUACGGUUCCAGACACGCGAAACAAGAGUAUUAUGAAACUCCUUUAGAUGCCCAGGAAACUUCUGCUGAAAUUCCAGACCUCUUCCAUGGCUUUCUAGCCAUAGGAACUCUUGGCUCUUCUGAGGCACCAACGAUCACCGAUCCCCCAACCCCAACAUUUCCUGUAUCCUUGGAUGAUAUUACCGAGAAGAUUAACAAUGAAGUAACCGCCGAUGACUUGAAACUCAUCAAUGAAGAGCUUGAGAAGUUCAUUGAGGCUGAGUCAGAAGAGGAAGCUUAUAAUGGAACCUCAAGGAAUAGUUAUGUCAGUGUGAUCACUCUUAUUGAAACACCUGCUUGUCCGCUUCAAGGAUAUCUUUUUGGGUCGACGGUUGAAUUGCCUGAGAUGCGAGCAGUAGAUAAGAGGAACAAGAAGGUGUCGCUGGGGCAGCUGUUUGAGGAGACAAAACAGGAAGACUGGGUCCACAUGGAGAAACCUGAAACCGGAAAUAUGCAAGGGAAGGCGGUGGGUAAAUCUUCCAAAGGUCUUGUAAAGAAGGUUCUGAAGAAGCUCAGUGCUUCUUCUUCAAGAAGUUCUGACGAUGGUUCCUUCGGUGGUGAUGGUGAUAAUCCUGCUAUAGCCAAGAAAAGGUUCCAAAAGGUCCUUCGAAUGUUUCACAGAAAGAUCCACCCAGAGAGCUCUGAGGCUGCAAAAGAUUGGAAAAAUAAAACUUCUCAGGGGCAUAAGAAGAAGAAUACAGCUCUUAACCGCAAUGAGAGCUCAAAAGGCCAGGACGCUGUCCGGUAUUUCACUCACAGGCCAAAGCCAAAAGCCAAAUCUCCUCACCGCAAUGUCGUGAACAAGUGCUCGGAUGAAAGUAUGGGGCAUUGGAUCAAAACAGAUGCAGACUACCUGGUGCUGGAGCUGUAGCACAAGAAGCUGCCUGAGAUGCUUUUAUUUGGACUUCAUACUUAUAGCUUGAGGUUUUGUAUGCUGUUAAGUGUUUCCAGUCAUAGUCCCUAAAGUUUAUAAUACUUAAUGAGUGAGG